AUGCUGCGUCGUCUUCAAUAUGAACGCAAGAAACAUGAAGGUGGUACCCCGCGCAGUCCAGCAAUCCAGUCUACCCCCCGCAAGUCGUUUCUGACAUUGCUCCGUCCCCUCUUGCGCUGGAAGAGGGCUUUCAAAGCCAACAGUCGUUUCACCCCUCUGUACGGCGAAAACCGGCCCAUCGAGAUGCGUCCACAGGCGUACGUCGAGACCCCGCAGCACCGGCGGAUCGAGUGGGUCGACGCCUGUGGUGGGCCCCACAGACCUCUGGGCAAGCUCCCUGCGGGCCUACGCGUCGGCGUCAUUGGUGGCGGGCCCGCCGGGGUUACCACAGCCUUUGAAGCCGUCAAGGCCGGCGCCCAAGUGACCCUAAUCGAAGCGCGCCACGAGGUGGGCGGUCGUGCCCGAUCGGUCGAGCUUAGCGACAAGAACGUGGCCGAGCAAGGUUGCAUGCGCUUCCCACCCUCGGCGGGCGCCCUGUUCGUCCUGGCCAAGGCAUUCGGUUUUGCGUUCAUUGAGCGAUUUCCAAACCCUGGAACCGUGCCCACUCUGGUGUCCUACGGAGGCGAAUGCCAUUUAUGGACGGAUGCUGAGGCCGACUUGCCAGGAUUUGAAAACGUCAAGGCUGGUUGGGAUGCCUUCGUCGAGGGAGGGUGUCAGAUCAAUGGCAGGUCCUUCGAGUCCUGUGCCGAAGCUGUGGUCUGGUUGGAGUCACCUCAGGUAGAAGUUCGCAUGAAAGCAGUCAGCACUUGGCAGGCCUACAUCACCGAGUUUCAGCAUGAUACUUUCCGCGAGGGGUUGGAAAAAAUCUUUGGAUUGACCAACAUGACCCCACCUGCAGGCAAGCAUUGGACCAAAGACGACUUCAACCGCUUUGGUAAGCUGGGCAUCGGCUCGGGAGGCUUUGGUGCGUUCUACAAUGUGUGCUUCCUCACCGUGCUUCGGUACGUGCCAAACAGCUGCGAGACCGAUCUAGCGUCCUUUGCUGGAUAUGUCGACGGCAAACUCCAGGUGAUGGGUAUUCGGUCUCUAUGGCAGAGCAUCUGGGAAUCGGCGACCAAGCAGGGCCUCAAGUCUUUCCUAAGCACCAAAGCAACAAGUGUGACGAAACGCACAGCGUCCGAUGGGAGGACGGUCUUUGUUGUUCGGACAGAAUCCCCACAAGGACCCUCGGAACUCGAGUUCGACGAGCUAUUUAUCAAUCUCACCGUCAACGUUGCCAACAGGGAUUUGGACUUGGGACGCAAAGGACCCGAUCAGCUGUUCCCUGAUGCCACCUGCGAGGCCAUCAAGAAUCUGCACAUGACUCUCUCGACCAAGAUUACCUUCCAGGUGCCGCGGUCUCCCCUUUUUAAUGAUCCCGCAUUCCCUCGGGCCUUGAUAACAGAUGGCGAUCUCCCGCAAGCCUACUGUUUCGACUAUGGUGACCCUAAAACAGUCGUUGUCAUGCUCGCCUACGCCUGGGAGGAAGACUCUCGACGCCUGGAGAGUGAGAAGGAUCCCGCCAAGCUGUUUCGCCGGUUGAAGAGCCUAGUAGAGCAAGCUGCGGCCAAGUCUCCGUACCCUCAGUGGGCGAAAAUACUGCGACCAGUUGGAGACAUUGUGUUAACACAUUGGCAAGAGGAUCCUUAUUCUCUGGGUGCCUUUGCCUUUGCAGAACCGGGUCAGGAUCGACAUUGUGCAGCGCUGUUUUACGAUUUUGAGAAGAAACAAGGACCUUACUUGAUCGGCGAUAGCUACUCGCAUGGGAAUCCGUGGGUCGAGGGGGCGCUGGAGAGUGCGUACAACUGCUUUUCGGCCGUGGUUAAGCAACGCGGUACAUUGUACCAUCCUGAUAAAGCGCCAGUCAACCUCAUUCAGUCUGGAAUAUACUUUUAUGAUUAA